CACGGCGCGAGUCAUUACUCCUGCACCCCCCGCCGCUGCAACACCCCUCACCGCCCGGAUCGCUACCGUACCCACGGCUUCCGCACCAUCUGUAGACUAUGCCCUCCCCUCCCCCAUGGGAGGUGGUCCCACAAGCGGAAGCUAUGUGGUCCCGCCGCGACCGAAGCCCGGCCGCAAGCCAGCAACGGACGAGCCCGCCUCCAAGCGGAAGGCCCAGAAUCGCGAGUCGCAGCGUGCCUUCAGAGCACGGAAGGCCGCCAAACUCCACGAGAUGCAGGCCCAGGUAGAGACUGCCGAGCAAAGACACCAGAGAGAAGUAACAUUGGUCCAAGCCGAACUGCACGAGACGCGCCGUCAAAUUGCACAGCUUCAGUUGAAAAUGGAGGACUCGAGGAGGACAGAGACGAAUGCGACGAGGGAAGCACAAUUCUGGAAACAGAAAGCUACUCAUCUUGAGGCUCAGAAUAUAAUUCUCAGAAAAGAACGCGACGAAGCGAGGGGAUGGGCACCGCACAGUUCCCGCCAGGACUCAGUCAGUCAGCCAUCAGUCACGACCUAUCCACCUCUGGGCCGUCCCCAACCGGCUAUGGACAACAGUCCCGAAACUUACGGUACACCGAACAUGAGUGGAGGCUGCGGAGACUGCGACGUCAACGGCAGCUGCGCAUGCAUGGAGGAGAUCGCGAAGCUACCAGGUCCAACCCACUUCAUACCCGCGGUUCCGCUCAAGCACAUGACGCCUCGGUCCGGUGGAUCUCCCUUCAAGCAAACACAAGCAUACGCCAAACCCUCGAGUGACCAUGCUUCCAUAUUCGCUGAUCGCGAGAUUGAUUUCACCGACCAGUUCUCGUUUAAGCGACCCCGCCUCGACAAUCGGCCUUCAAUCACUUUCCUCACACAAUCCGGCGAGGCUGACUCUAAGUGUGGAUUCUGCACUGACGAUGAGAAUUGUCUUUGCAGGGACGAGUCGCUACGAAACUUUCAGGAACCGGCCAGAGCAAGCGACGAAAUGCCACCUCCAUCCCGUAAUGGUGUCUCGCCAAUCGACAAGAAACUAGCUUCAAACGAUUUGGCUAUGACCGGCCCUGGAACCUGUCCAGACUGCAUGCAGAACCCCCAGCAGAGGGCUUGGUGCCAGAGAGUUGCACAGUCAAAGUCCUCCACUAGCACUGAUGUGUUUACUCCUGCGUCAUCGUCCCGCAACUUAAGUCUUAAUUCCACACUCGAUCCUAUUGAUUCGCGAAAUGACCAUGCGCUGGUCCCCGACAUGAACAUGUCAAAUCGAUAUUCUAUCGGCUGCAGCGAAGCUUUCAAGCUGUUCGAGGGGCGUGUCCCUGUGGACCAAGACAGCAUCGAUUGGAGCAACCUCAAACCUAUAUCGCCGACCACAAGGAAGGACACCUUGUCAGGUCCACCGCAAAGGAAAUAUAGUGCUUUGGAGCUUGAUACUGCGGGUGUUAUUGCAACCUUGCAGCAAAGCAUGGCGCCGCUAGUCCCCCGUCAGUCGGAUGGCCCCAACGUCGAACUUAUCCGGCUUGCCCAGGAAAACCGGAGAAGCAGUGACUCACCCUUAACACCACUCUCUCAAUCCAAUGAGACUGGGAUGAGAAGGACCAUGUCUGGCUCGCCUGGCCUCCCCAUCUCGACUCUUGUCAAUGGUGCAGCUACCUCUAGUGCUAUGUGGCGGUAAGCAGCGCUAGCAUGUUAAUAUCAAGCCGUAUUCCACCUCUUCUUUGUAAGUAUUUUACUUCAUCUUUAACGCAUACGACUGGAGUUUUAUUGUUAUCGGGGUGGGAUUUUGCGGGCUUUGACACACCGGACUAGCUAGUCAGGUCGAAUUUUCGACAGGCCCAUUAUCUCUUCGAGCAACGACUUGCAUUUGACUGUUUGUAAAUUACAUCCAAGUAGUCAGUAUCCCUCUCGC